AUGGCAGAGAAUCAGGGCAGCAGGAGCUUGAAGCAGCUGAUCAUGUUGCACCACAGAACCCCUGGUGAGUGGGCGACCCUGGAGCAAGGGGACAUAAGAGACAACAGCAAGGGAGAAAUAGUUCCUCAGAGAAGAGCCCAGAGAGUCAGACUUCUGGUGGCCCUGCAGCUUCAGCUCGACAUGCUGCUGUUGCUCUUGCUGCUCUGGGGAAUGAAAGGGGUAGAGGGUGGGCCUGAGGCCCUGGAGGGUUACACCCUGAGUGUGGAAAGGGAGGUGGGGGUGCAAGAGGGCCUGUGUAUCCUUGUACUUUGUAGGUUCUCCUACCCCGAGGGGAAAUGGACUGACUUAGACCCGAUUCAUGGAUACUGGUUCCGUAGUGGAGCCAAAACAGGGAGUGAUUUCCCAGUGGCCACAAAUAACCUACAGAGGCCAGUACUGAAGGAGACCCAGGGCCGAUUCUUCCUGCUGGGAGACCCACAGAAGAACGACUGCUCCCUGGACAUCAGAAAGACCAGGAAGGAGGACACAGGCUCAUACUUCUUUCGCCUGGAAAGAGGAAAAAUGAAGUAUAAUUAUAUUUUGAACAAGAUGACUCUGCAUGUGACAGCCCUCACUAACACCCCCCACAUCCUUAUCCCGGAGACCCUGGAGGCUGGACGUCCCAGCAACCUGACCUGCUCUGCGCCUUGGGCCUGUGAGCCCCCCACCUUCUCCUGGACUGGAACCUCUGUGUCACUCUUGAGCACCAUUGCCAUUGGUUCCUCAGUGCUGACCAUCAUCCCCCAGCCCUGGGACCAUGGCACCAACCUCACUUGUCAGGUGACCCUGCCUGGAACUGGUGUGACCACAAGGACGACCAUCCAUCUCAAUGUGUCAUAUGCUCCAAGGAAUCUCACUAUGACCAUCUCUCAAGGAGCUGACCCAGAAUCCAUAAUCCUGAAGAACGGCUCAUCUCUUUCCGUCUCUGAGGGCCAGUCUCUACGCCUCUUCUGUAGCUCUGACAGCUAUCCCCCUGCGAACCUGAGCUGGACCUGGGGUAAUCUGAGUCUGUGCCCCUCGAAGCUCUCCAAACCUGGGCUCCUGGAGCUGUUUCCAGUGCAUCUUAAGCAUGGAGGAGUGUACACCUGCCAAGCUCAGCAUGCCCUGGGCUCCCAGCACAUUUCCCUGAGCCUGCAUCCACAGCGCAGUGCAGCGCUAUCAGAAAUGACUGUGGGGGCCUUUGUGGGUGCAGGAGCCACGGCCCUCCUCUUCCUGUUUUGCUGCAUCCUCCUCCUGGUGGUAAGAUCGUAUAGGAGACCAGCCAGGCCAGCUUCAGCAGCUCCGGAUCCAGAUGCCCUCAAGGGCUCUGUUUCUCAGAGUCCCCUGGUUGAACCCCAGGCAGAUGACAGCUUCGAACCCCUGCCUCCCACAGUUGAGGCGGCCCCCUCAUCUACAGAGGAAGAGGUACAUUAUGCAUCCCUCAACUUCCAUGAGAUGAAGCCCAGGAAUCCACAGGGGCAGCAGGACACCACCACCGAGUACUCGGAGAUAAAGUCCCACAAGUGACCUGCAUGGCUGUGACCACGGUUGGAGGGAGCCCAGCUGCCACAGGGUGAAAGAGACACCAGAUGCUGGCUGGUUCUAGAGAAGGAAAGAGUCCACCAGGUCAACAUGCCCUGCACAUGACUUCAGAGCUGCUCCUGCAUCACACAGGAGUUCUGCUACUGCUCAUGCCCCUGCACUCCCUGUCCACCCAAUCCCCAGGCCCUGGCAACCACCAUUAUGCCCAGGAAACCAUAAACUUGACUUUCUUUCAAUUGUAUAUGUGUGGAUGUUUUGCCUGUAUAUCUGUUUUGCUUGUAUAUCAGUGCGCUGCUCACAUGCCUGUUGUCUGCAGAGGUCAUCACAUCCCCUGGAAUUGGAUUACAGAGGGUUGUGAGUUGCCACAUGGGUGCUGGGAAUUGAACCCCACUCCUCUGCAAGAAUAGCCAGUGCUCUUAACCACUGAGCCAUCUCUCCAGUCCCAAGACUGAUGUUUUUAGAUUUAACUUUUACUUAAAAAAUAGCAUGUAUUAUUUACACCAUGAUAAGUUUUGUUGUAUUUCCUUCCAAGUAUAUCAUGUAUUUUGGCCUUGUUCAUCGCUGUUACCUUCUCCUGUCUGUCUUCUGUUAGUUGCUUGUCCCUUUCUCUACCCAAACAGUCUGCUUUCUAAUUUCAUGUUGUAUGUAUUAGUUCAUUUUCUUACCUUUGUUGACAAAAAAAAAAAAAAAAAACCUGACAGAAACAUGAAGGGUGGAGAGGUUUAUUCUGGCUCAUGGUUUCAGUAUCAUGAGGGAGGCAGUGUGGUACUCAAGACAGUGGGUACAUGUUGUGGAAGCUCCACACAUCUUGGUGGAUCAGGAAACAGUGGGCUUAGGCCAGAACCAGAAGUAGAUAUCCGUCUUCCAGGCCCAGCCCCAGACACCUAUUUCUACAAUUUGGGACACAUGUCUGAAAAGCUCUGUAGCUUUAGAAAAUAUUACCACCAGCUGGGUACCAAGUGUCCAAUACAUAAGCCUGUGUGGACCGUGUACAUUCAAACCAAAACUAGGUGGGUGAAUGGUAGCUAGAGAGAUAGGCAGACAGAUAGAGAGACAUGAUAGAAAAGU